AUGAUUUUAAGGCCUUUUGUCCCCGAUAUCAAGGAAAAACUAGGGCUUUAUGCUCCCGACCUCACAAGGGCAGACCCAAGAACAAGGGCUUUUAUAUCGGCGUCUUCAGGAAGAACAAGGAUAUUCGCUCUUCCUCCUUCCAAAUCGACUAAUUCUUCAUCAACUCUUGUUGAAUACAUGUCUCCCAAAUCAAAUCAGGAAGAUGAGGACCUCGAGGAAACUGGAGGAUACCAAAGUGAAUCUGAGGAUGCUAAAGAUGAAAAGUUGGAAGAUGAACCUUCACCUAUACAAACAACUUCCAAGAAAAUAAAAGCCUUUAAAACAUCUAGGAGCUCAAAGACAAAGAGGAGUGAAGAAUAUCUAGAAGACAAUGUCCAAGGAAUUGAACAAGCCUCUACUACACCUGAUGGGGAUAAAAAGGGCUCUAGUAGAAGUGCUAGAAGGAAAAAGGCUAAGAGACAAUGGAAGCGAGAACUUACUAAAAUUUCACAAAAGCCUGAUACUGAUACCCAUCUAGAAGGGACAAAUGACCACCCGAAGGGGCGUGAAAAGAGUCUAACAGAAGAAGAAGAAGAAGAAGAAGAAGAAGAAGAAAUUGUAAUAGAUGGAUCUUGGUAUCAGGAAGAAGGGGCUCAUUCUCUUAGGGAAUCUGUAUCAUCAUACAGGGUUUCAUUGCUAUCUUCUGCUUUUGGGCGGCUUGUAAUUUCAAGUGAUGGAGUCUGGGAUGCUCUUUCCACUGAAUCAGCUCUAGAAUGCAGUUGCGGAUUGGCUCCGGAAUCAGCAGCAACACAAAUUGUCAAAAAAGCUCUGCCAAAGACAACAGUUGUUAUGAAACAAGUUACGAAGGAAAAGGAACAUGUCAAUGUUGAUUUUAAAUCAAAGAAUAAUUACUUUUAUGUGCCUUCGACUACUAAAGUAGACUUAGUUGAUAGCUUCAAGUCUCAAGUUCGUAGUUGCAUUAAAGAUAGGGCUGCAGAUGCUGAAGUUAAUGCUAUAGAUAAUCAAAUUCCUGAAUCAACAAAAUAUUCUGAUCUUUUGACGCUUUCUCGAGAUUCUAAAGCUCAAAAUUCGACAUCUCAUUCUUCAGGAAAUAGCGAAAGUAUGCCAAAUGAUCAAGUGGAGGUGGAGCACUUGCAAUCGACGUCUCAUGUUGAGGGGGAGCAUUCUUUUGAGUGGGAGAAUCGAAGAAUGGAUGAUGAUGUUGAGGGGGAGCAACAUGAAAUUAAAAUUCUCGAGGGGGAGCUUAAUAUGUCGAAUAAUAAUCAAGAUGAAACUUUUCAUGAUUUAAAUGAUACCAUGUCUGUUGUUGGUUCCGAAACUAAAGAAAUGUUCGAAGAUGCGCCAUUACAUUUUGAUCCAACAUAUCCACCAAUGGAUAAAUGGUUUUUAGCAAAGAUCAUUAAUGGUUCAUGCUUGCAGUUCUAG